ACACGACCUCGGUAUCAGCCUCAUCAUAGCAGUCGAGUCUGUCAACGGCGCCACAAGUCGGCAUGUUCUAGAAACCUCAUCCUUAUCACUUUAUAUAAUACCACCCGCUCGCUGCAACGAACAAGUUGCCAUUCCACUCUGCCUCUGCGAGAUCACAUAAUUCCGCCAUCGCCAUGGCGAAGCCCAACCUCACCCUCCCACUCAUCCCCCUCUCGCCACCUCUCGCACUACUCCCAGGCACGACUCUCCGCAUACCACUGCUUAAUCGAGCAGACAUCGCCGCUGUCAUCGCGAAUGUAUACGCUCGCUCAUCUCAGGCGAAUGCAAAUGUUUCUGUUGGCUGUGUGCCUGUCAACUCGCCGUUACUAAGCCCCGAUGGCAAGAAGCUGAUAACGGAGGGCAAGGAGACGAGGGCGUCGAAGCCGGAGGAUACUGACAUGAAUGGGAUCAAGAGAAUGGACUUGUUCAAUUACGGAUGUAUCGCCAAGGUCACGGGUGUUCAGGGCCGGAGGGAGGGAGAGCUGAGUCUUGUCGUGGAGGGGUUGACGAGGUUUCGGAUUGGGAAGAUUCACAAGGAGUGGCCGUUCUUUGAGGGCGAGUGCCUUGCUGUUGAAGAGCUGCCACCGAAGUCAAACGACAAGAUAGCUGGCCUCUUUACCGAGAUGAAGCAGCUGUCACGCGAGUUUCUCGCACUGGUCCGCCUCUCGUCCAUUUUGCCUCGCGCUCCAUCUGUAUCCCUUUCUCCAAUAAUGGCUCGACGGGUAGAGCUGUAUAUUACCCGAAAAGAGCUUCAGGACGCCGCACCGCUCGCCGACUUUAUCGCGAACCUCAUCGACUGCUCACACGAAGAGAAGCUCGCGAUUCUCUCUGCCAUAUCAACGCAUGAUAGACUACAGAGCGUCAUCGAAGCGCUGGAGCGUCAAAUUGCCGUGUUGCAGGGUAAUGGUCGUAUACUUAGCGUGACAACCACAAACCAUCAGGGUAUUGACAUGGAGAAGCUCAAGAGACUACAACAGGAGCUUCUUAAAGGUCGGCUCUCGAAUGGCAACAGCCAAGGGUUUCCUCCUGGGUUCAUGCCUGGGUUUCCGAAUGGUGGCAAUGGUGGCCAAGAAGAGACGAGCGAGAUUGAUGAGCUUAAGAAGAGACUUGAUGAGGCCAAAUUGACCCCUGAAGCCAAUACUGUUGCGCAGCGGGAGUUGCAACGAUUGCAGAAGAUGAACCCUGCGCAAGCUGAAUAUCAGGUGUGUCGGAACUACCUGGAGAACCUAGCAGAGAUACCGUGGACUAAGAAGACUCCCGACAAUUUAAAUGCGGCCACUCUGUCACGAGCAAGGCAGCAGCUGGACGAUGACCAUUACGGUCUGGAGAAGAUCAAGAAGCGUCUGCUGGAGUACCUAGCUGUUCUUCGACUAAAGCAGGCAGUCACCGAGGACAUUGAUGGCAGACUGAAGAAGCUCACAGAGAAUCUAAACAAGGACGUGAAAGCUCAAGAAGAGGAGAACGCCGAGAACGGGAAGCAACCACAGCAGCCUGUGGACCUGCAGUCAGGCGAAGAAGAGCGAGAGUUGCUUGAAAGGAAGCAUAUGAUUGAUAAGUCCCCAAUCCUAUUGCUCGUCGGUCCGCCUGGUACCGGUAAGACGUCUCUCGCAAAGUCUGUAGCCACAGCCCUGGGUCGCAAAUUCCACCGUAUCUCCCUCGGUGGGGUACGAGACGAAGCUGAGAUCCGUGGUCAUCGUCGGACAUAUGUCGCGGCCAUGCCUGGUGUUGUCGUCAACGGUCUGAAGAAGGUUGGAGUCGCCAACCCUGUCAUCCUCCUCGACGAAAUCGAUAAACUCGGCCAGUCGAAUUUCCAUGGCGAUCCUUCCGCUGCUAUGCUCGAAGUCCUCGACCCGGAGCAGAACCAUUCAUUCACAGACCAUUACGUGAACAUUCCCAUUGACCUCUCCAAAGUCCUAUUCAUCGCGACUGCAAACUCCCUCGAAACCAUCCCACCACCACUCCUCGACCGUCUCGAGACUAUCCAGCUCUCAGGCUACACCACACUCGAGAAACGCCACAUCGCCAUGCAACACCUUCUUCCCAAACAAAUCACCACCAACGGUCUCACUCCACCCCUGGUCUCCAUCUCGGACUCUGUUCUCGACAAAAUCAUCACUAGCUACACGCGCGAAUCCGGUGUCCGCAACCUCGAGCGUGAACUCGGCUCCGUAUGUCGCUACAAAGCCGUCGAAUACGCCGACGCCAAAGACGCCGACACACCACAAGCGUACACACCCACUAUCACCGAAUCCGACCUCGACACUAUCCUCGGCAUCGAACGCUUCGAGGAGGAAAUCGCCGAACGCUCCGCCCGCCCGGGCGUCGUCACCGGCCUCGUCGCCUACUCCACCGGUGGCCAAGGCUCCAUCCUCUUCAUCGAAGUCGCCGACAUGCCCGGCUCAGGCCGCGUCCAGCUCACCGGCAAACUCGGCGACGUCCUCAAGGAAUCCGUCGAGGUUGCCCUAACCUGGGUCAAGGCACACGCCUGGGAACUCGGCCUCACCGCCAGCCCAGACGAGGACAUCAUGAAGAACCGCAGCAUCCACGUGCACUGCCCCUCGGGCGCCAUCCCCAAGGACGGGCCCUCCGCCGGCCUCGCCCACACCAUCGCCCUCAUCUCCCUCUUCUCCGGCAAAGCCGUGCCCCCUACCCUCGCCAUGACGGGCGAGAUGAGCCUGCGCGGCCGCGUCUUGCCUGUCGGUGGCAUCAAGGAGAAAGUCAUUGGCGCGUUGCGCGCUGGCGUGCGGACCGUCUUGUUGCCAGAGGGUAAUCGCAAGGACGCGCGCGAUUUGCCGCGCGAGGUGCAGGAGGGCUUGGGCAUCUCGUUUGUGGGCGGGAUCUGGGAGGCGUUGAGGGAGGUCUGGCCCGAGGGCGGAUAUGUCGGUGAGCGGGUCGAGAGUCGGUUGUGAAAGGUGCUGCUAUCCUGUCUGUGUUUUGGGAAUCUUGGAACUGAAUGGCUGAGCAGCUUGCAAUGAUGAUAUAUAAUUCUUUUACUUUCUGGUUUUUUUUUAGCUAGCAUAGUUCGUCGUGGAAUGGUAUUAUCAUUAUAUUAUUUUUACGUAUUGCAACGUUUGAAAUCUAUUAUCCUAUUUCGGGAAUAUCAAUCGCGGAAUUACGAUUUGUAGCCUCUAUGUCUAUACACUAGUAUACUACACUAUACAUAAGUAUAAUAAAACUUAGAUAUAGAUAGGAUAGGAUAGAUAGCUAUAAAGAUAUAACAGCG